AUUUAAAUAAUUUCAACACUUAACCGCAUUUUUUUGAUGCAGUCCAAAUAACCGAGAACACCGGCCUUCUCUUUCUCCUUCUUAUUUUGGUUUUCUAAUCGAAGCACCGACACAGUGGCUGAAAAUUAGCGUAAACAAGUUAAAUUCGAUUCUCUCUGCUCCCGCUGGUCUUUCCUCAAUGGCUUCUUGAUCAGGAAAAAUUGGUUGAGAGCGCUAUUGACUGGAGAAGUGUGAUCAGAUCAUAUGAAGUGCUUACUGGGCGGGAUUGGUUCUCUGGCAGUUGAUCUAGAUGUGUUGUUUCUGCAUGUUUCUACACCGAAGACACUUUUUCACAGAUUCUUAGAGGUAAAUAAGGGGAGGUGGAAUUCUCUGAUAUAAACUAAUAAUUUGUUGCUGUGUGGAUCUGCAAGCUGGGAAACAGAGAAAAAAGAUUUCCAUGGCUGAAAAGGAGGGCGGUGUUGAACUUAAGUUUCGCAUUUAUGAUGGAACAGACAUAGGCCAUAAGACUUAUGCAUCAUCCAUGACUGUUUCAACUCUUAAACAAAAGCUGGUUGCUGAGUGGCCUCAAGACAAAUCAGUCAUACCAAAGUCAGUAAAUGAAUUGAAACUUAUACAUGCUGGUAAAAUUUUGGAAAAUAACAAGACACUUGCUGAUUCAAAAGUAACAUUUGGUGACCUUCCUGGUGGUGUUAUUACCAUGCAUGUUCUUGUACAGCCUCCAAUAACAAAAAAGAAGACAGAUAGAUCUGUGAUUUCUUUAACUGCUUCAAUAUCUUAUUGGGUCCUAGAGUCCCAUCCUCAUUUAAUUGGUAAGUUUUGCUAAUAGAAAGAAUAGGUUCAUCUUAGAAUUGAAACAUGCCAAUUGCUUUUCUGUUCUCACUACGGGCAUCAGCAUUAGAGAAGACAAUACUAGAUUUCUUUCUAGUUUGAUUUAUAGAGUGGGGUUCAAGACAAUACUACAUUGUCAAAGAUUUUCCCAAAGGACUUGAUCAUUGGUAGGUAUCAUAUUUGUUAGAUAGUGUCCCAAAUUUUUGUGUGUUGUUAGGUACUCAGGCAUUGAGCAUCUAGCUCCUGGAACUUUGACAAUUAGCUUAAGAACCUUUUGAACACUGGUUGCUAGGUUCUUCACCAAUGUAGCUUAUAGGUGUUGACUGAGGUCAUGGUUGUAUCUUCCCCGUUAUCAUCAUAAGAUUAUGCACUUCCAAGAAUUUACUUAUAUUUGAAUUCUGCCUUUUAAAUUGGUUAUCCACUUUGUGUGCCUUUCUAUUGAGACUAGACUGAACAACCAGUGGGAUGAGAGGUGGUCGAUGUUGUAAAAUAAAUAUCUUUCCCUUGAGCAUGAGUAACCAGAACAAAUAUUCACUCCCUCCUUUUCCAGAAUCUGGUUUAGCCUUUUUGGCUUUUUUGUUACUUGUAAUCUGCAUAUCUUCCAGCUUCCUUUGAGUGUCCAUGUGUUGUUAUUAGAUGGUCUAACAUUCCUCCUUUAUUUCUAUUCUUUUGCCUGCAAUUUUUGGGCACUGCAGAAAAGAACGAGGAGGAGUUGAAGAAAUUGAACUCGUGUCGCUGUGUAAUUCUUUAGAUAAGGAAGUUUUAUACUUUAUGAGCAAGAUUUCACACUUGAAAUGGCGAUCCUGUAUAACUAGCGGCCUUGUUAUUGUAGACAUCCUCAGAGAACUCAGAAUGUCAAAAUGGACAACUCAUUUUGUUCCACAUGUGAAAUGUCCUUCAUUUGUAUCCAGACAGCCUUGUAAACAUCCUCAUAAUCAUUUUGUUUCAUAAUAUAGUUGUGCAGAUGCAUUUAUGAAAUUGUUAA